AUUCAAUGAGGUUUGUAUGCGACUUUGUAAGACAUCGUGGAAAGAUCAUAAAAGCAAGACAAAGUCCAAGUAUUGGGUUCCAUUCAAGAAUGAUCCGGACAUUGCUUCUACAGUACCUAGUAACAUAGUGCCAACCCAGUGGAGGAAACUUGUACAAUAUUGGGCGAGUAAAGAAGUGCAGGCGAUUGCUAAGAAGAAUUCUUCUAAUCGGGGAUUUCGUGGGCCUCCACAUACGACCGGAAGGACAUCUUUCUCAGAUAUUCGUUUCAAUAUGACACAUAAAGGAGAGCGAAUAGAUAAGAUGAGUCUUUGGAAGAGGACACACAACCUGAAUGAUCCUGAUGUGGUGGCAAUUGUGGUAUGUCUAUGGUUUACAUGUUUUUACACAUAUUUUGCUUUUUACCAAACAUUGUCCUUAUGUUUUCAAAAUGUAGGAGGAAUAUAAUGCGCAUCUUUGGAAAGUUCCUAAGGAGCAACAUACGAUUGAGUAUUGCGAUGGGAUUUACCAUAAAAUCCUUGGGAAGGAUGGACAUGGGUAUUGCAAGACCUAUGGGAGAGGAGUGCCCUAGAGUGCGGUGUAUGCGCGAGGAAGCGGCCCAUCCCAAUCAUUAGCAGCCCCUUCAUUUAUUGAUGAGAUCACACAGCGUGUGACACAAGACGUUGAGUCUAGGUUCAUUACGAUGAUCAAGAACCUAACGGCACGUGUUUUGUUCUUAGAGUCACAGGGUGUGGCUGGGAG